AUUACAGGUAAACACAGGUAAAGUGAGUGGAAUUACGAGUUAGAUAUUUUGGGCACAUAUCUACAACAUUAUUACACAACAAAUGGUUUUAAAAACAUACUGUUUGACACAGUGACUUUUGUAAAGACACUUGGUUGUCAAAUAUGACGUAAAAUCAAUUUGAAAAGUGAAAAAAUAUUCAUUAUAUUGGAAUUAAUCUGUUGAACAUCCCGGAAGUCUAGAAAUUAUUUACAAGACAACAGUCCCUCCAACAACAAAAUGUCGCUCCCCAAGAAAGACAGGAAAAGGAUUCUAGCUCAGAUUUGGAGCACGCCGACCCGACACGACAUUGACUUCUUUGACGAAGGGAAGGAGAUCGUCAUCACGUCGUCCUACAAAGACAUCGUGCCCUGGUGGCUGAGGAUCCUCCAGUCGGUGUACCCGGACAUCUCAUACAGGGAGAAGAAGGAGGUCCUCAAGCUGAAACCCGUACCAGGAGUGGUCCUCAAGCUCAACAAGGCCACUGGGGUGCUGAGGGUUUCGGGGAAGAAUCACUGGCCAUGGUUUGUCGAGAAUUUCUCCUGUCUCAUGGAGCAGGGCAACGAGGGUGCUGAAAGCCUGUCAGAUGCAUCAGAGAAUUCAGUCACUCGCUUCUUACAGCUCGACAAAGAUGAUGAAGAGGUUCAGGAUCUGCUGGACAUGAUACCAGAAGGUGGAGGAAUCAUGGCUCACGACUACAUCAUGCGGGUGUGGAAGAGUCUGAUCGACGACUGGUGUGGGGUCGGUGCAGCCGUCUUCAUAGUCACGCCCAAAAUAGACUCGGAAAGACUCUUCCAGAUCAUGUUGUUGAUGAUCCGGAACAAAGGUACAGGCUUCAAAUUGACACUGGUGACCCCAACAAAAACUGCAGAUGGUGAAAAGUUUUCAAAAAUAAUGGACAAGACAAAACGCCGAAUGAAGGAGGUGAAAACGCCACGACAAACAAGGCUUUUGUCAGAUAUAAAAAUUACGUGGGUGGAAGAAACGCUGGAAAUACGGCACGAGGAAUUUUCCACAAACUUUAUAGCCGCGUAUAAAGACGAGCAGGGUGAAGUGUUGACGACAACAGCGUCGUUCAACAAGACUCACUUCCACUUCAACCAGAAGGACAACGUCUGCUACAACCGCCUCUCCACGGCCGACCUCAAGAGAAACUAUCUCUUCCCCCUUGGAAUCGGCAACAAUCUCUUCUAAACCUUGUCUCAAUCCAUCACCUCGGUGUAAUGCUCACGUCUUCUGAAUCAGUUUGAUACUGAGAGUCCAAGCCUGGCAAGUAAGAACAUGGCCAUAACAAAAACUAGUCUGUGGAAAAAGAAGUGUUCCCAGCUUUUUACAUGGCAGUUUUGUGGUUAAUGUGUAGAGGAGGAGUUAGUAUAACAAAAACUAGUCUGUGGAAAAAGAAGUGUUCCCAGCUUUUUACAUGGCAGUUUUGUGGUUAAUGUGUAGAGGAGGAGCUGGUAUAACAAAAUAAAUUAUUUACUAAGAAAAGUGACAGAAAAAUGAAAGCUCCACGUCAAAAUAAAGCUGUGAGAAUUUGAAAACACUGCAGCGAUUUCCACAGCAUUGCCGAUUGCUGUGGUUAAUAGCCAGGGUUGAGAGCCCUUUUUACACACCCUCAGUACAAUUUCAUUUGGUAGAUCCAAAAAUAUUUUAAUUCAAAAGAAUAAAUUGACCUAUAAAAAAUAAAUAAAUAAAAUCACAUGUAAAUUGACCGAAAAAUACAAGAGAAUUCAUGUGUACGUGUAUGAAUUAGCAUGGAAUUAGAAAUAAAAUAUCUUAUAAAAAUGUUUUAAUGAAGGUGAAAAAUACAAGAAAAUUCAUGUGUAAAAGUGUAUGAAUUAGCAUGGAAUUAGAAAUAAACCAUCUUAUAAAAACGUUUUAAUGAAGGUGAAAAAUACAAAAGAAUUCAUGUGUAAGUGUAUGAAUUAGCAUGGAAUUAGAAAUAAAACAUCUUAUAAAAACA